AUGAACCGCCUCUGUCCGUCGAACGUCGCGACUUGGCGCGCUUUCGUCCCGCGCUCGUCGACGUUGAUCCCCGUCGCCCGCUGUCAACGCCCGGCCUUGCUACUCACUUCGGUGGAUCGUCGUACCAAACCUCGAGGUAGAGCAGAUGUAGGAUGCCAGACGUGCCGAUGCUUUGGGUCCAUGGCGAAAGCAAGCUCUGCCUCUGCCUCCGCCACAAGCCGUUCGUACGCAGCCGGGUGAGCUAUUCCCCAGUCGUCUCUCGCUCGAGUGCGAUGCAACUCCCAUUACGACGCUGACUUUCGAUAACGCUACUUGCAGACCUCUGACCAUUCAAGCGUACCAGAAGGCGGCAGAUCAAGCAAUGGACAAGCUGACCGACUAUUUCGAAGAGCUUGUCGAGGCGGCUCCUCCCGAGCUGAAAUAUGACGUGGAGUAUUCGGUGAGCCAGCUACUAUGGCAGCCGAGACGCCGAGACGCCGAGGUCCUGAAGGCUGAUUCGGUCGAGUGUUGCGUCCACGGAACUGCCGCAAGUCUGGUGUUUUGACACUGCACGUCGGGGACAAGGGCACGUAUGUCAUCAACAAGCAACCGCCGAAUCAGCAGAUCUGGUUGUCGAGUCCAUCGAGGUCGGUCUUUCGCCUAGUGCGCCACGUGCUUCGGCAAGUUCUGACACAGUCAAGCGCAAUCGUGACUUUCAUUCCUUUAUAGUGGUCCCAAGCGAUACGACUAUGACCCUCAUCACGGCGUGUGGUUUUACCAUCGGGAUGGCACUCUACUUGAGGAUCUGCUGACCGAAGAAUUACGGAACGCGAUGGACGAUCCUUCCGUACACGUCACGCUGUCGAAUCCAUGA